AAAAAAAGAGAACCAUCUGAAAACACCACAAAAAUCACUGAAAUUGAUUAACUAGAACAAAAAACAGAUAGAAGAUGAGGCAUAUGACAAGAUUUGACUAUGGAAUGACAAGUAUCACUUCUGAGAAACCACUCUAAACGGCGAUGGGGCUGAUGAACUAGUGAUUGGCAAUAAGUGAGAUGGUGGAUGGGGGCAGACUUUUCUCAGAGAAAUCACCCAUACUGGACGGCCCUAGCACUGAAAUUUAAGCCAAAUAGAGAGACAAAUGCAUUUUUUGUCUACAAGGAUUUCAUUUGCAAACAUGAUUAUUUUUAAAAAUUUCAACCACAUUAAAAUUAUGGUGGACCUGGAAUCCUAAAUUCUCAUGAUCUAAGCUUGACUCUAAUAUUUUAUAGUAUGUUGUAGAUAAAUUUUUUAUGUUUGGUGGGCUCAGCUGAUGUUUGAAGUUUGACUAUCAUAGUUACUUUCUGGUUACAUUUUGCCUUUGCAGCACCUGAAGAGGAGCCAACAGGUCCUAAGAUUCAGCUUGCUAUGUGGGACUUUGGACAAUGUGAUGCAAAAAGGUGCACAGGACGCAAACUAUUGCGAUUUGGCUUGUUGAAAGAUUUGCGUGUGGGAGGUGGUUUUGGAGGCAUUGUUUUGAGUCCUGUGGGAAGUCAUUGCAUCUCAAAGGAAGAUUACAGCUUAAUGAAGAGGAAAGGAUUGGCUGUUGUGGAUUGUUCAUGGGCACGAUUGGGUGACGUACCAUUUGUGAAGCUACGUAGUGGUGCUUCUCGCUUAUGUAUGAACUUCAUUCCAGCAAAUCAAUGGCAUGUUCAUACAUAUUCUUUUUAAGAAUAUA